AUGAUAAACUUUUGCUGCUUUACUGUUUACAUCUUAUUGCUUAGUUGCUUUGCUGCUUCCGUUAUAGCUGUUGAUGGAUUUGUAUCCAGGAUUGGAUUCUUGAACUCCAGUACCUUAGACUUCGACAUUGACAACUUCAAUGUGUUGAACCAGACAGAGUACGAAUUGUUGCAAAGAAGGGUAGAUGAAUGCAACGCUGAGUUGGGAUUUAAUUACACCCUGGCAGUCAACGAAGGUGGCUGGGAUUUGUACAGAAUCACAGGCGACGUAGACCCCGACGACGAUAUGGACGCCAUGAUGGAAAAGUGCGUGAAUAGUGAUUGGCGAUUCCAAUUUAUCAUGACUAGCAGAAUCGGUCCGGAACCACCUGGAUUGGACGACUUGUUUGAAACCGUAUUGGGGCCCUUCGACUACAAUAACCAAAGACCUGGUCGAUUAGGUGAUUACGAAAGUAGUAACCUGACCUCGUCCGACAAUGCUAUUGUAAAGAGGCUCCAACAUCAAUGCAUGGUGUAUUUCUCAGGGAGCAACCAGUAA